AUGACAACAACCACCUUCGCCCAAUUCUACGACUCAUGGUACGACCAAUUCAACCGCUUAAUCCACCAACUCACAACACCAAACGAAACCGACACAGAGGAACUAAUCCGCAAGGUCAUGUCCCACCAUGAAGACUACUUCAACGCUAAAUCAAUGGCUGCUGAAAAAGAUCCUCUCCACGUGUUAGCAUCUCCUUGGGCUACCACACUUGAACGAUCCCUUCAUUGGAUCGCAGGGUGGAGACCCACCACUGCUUUUCACCUCAUCUACACUGAAUCGUCUCUUCUCUUUGAAUCCCACAUUAUCGAUAUCCUCCGUGGCCUUAGAACCGGUGACCUCGGUGACCUCUCGCCGACUCAGUUCCGUCGUGUUAGCGACUUGCAAUGUGACACGGUGAAGGAAGAGAAUGCGAUAACGGAGGAGCUAUCAGAGUGGCAAGACGGUGCGUGCGAUAUGAUGGGUUCGGAGGCUGAAAUCAAUGACAAGAUCCAACGGCUGGUGAGCAUUAUAAAGAAAGCGGAUGGUCUACGGCUGAGGACGUUGCGGAAUGUGGUGGAGUUUCUGUCGCCGCAGCAGGCUAUCGAGUUCUUGAUAGCCUCAGCUGAGUUGCUGGUUGGGAUACGCGGUUGGGGUUUGAAUCACGACCGUUCACUUCCUAGGAUAUGA